AUGGCGGAGGAAAUAAUAGCAACGAACUGCCACAUCACAGAUUUAUUGCGAAAAUUACAAGGUUCGUCUGCUUCCAGAACUACAAAAGCUUUAAUAUCGUUAUCAAAAGCAACGAGAAAGUCCGAGAAUGUGGUAAAAUGUCGUAAAGCAGGCGCAAUUAAUGUGUUACUGUCCUUUCUUCGAUCAUCGAACAAGAAAAAUUUAGACAUGGCCGUCAGUGUUUUGGCAAAUUGUGCUAUGGAAAAACAAAGUAGAAGCGAGAUCAUGCAACAAAGUGGAGUAGUUCUUCUGUGCAAACUGUUGUCUUCAUUGGCUGACCAAAGUAUUGUAUGUCGUGUGGUCCGUGGACUGGCUAAUCUUUCACAUGAUCCUUUGAUUGCUAACGAGAUUGCUAAGCAAGGAGUCCUGCCUACACUUCUCACAUUUUUGAGCUGUUGGAGUAACACAACACUGUUUCAGAAUACUUUACGUGCCAUACGACUGAUGAGUAAGAACUCGUUAAUUUUCUUGAAACAAAUUAAAGAGGCAAACGUUGUUGAUCAUUUUAUUCAUCUGCUUGAGGAGGAAACUAACGAUGAAGUCAGGUCUUUAUGUCUUCAGACAUUGCACGAGUUGAUGAAGACGUCAAAUGGCGUCUUGGCACCAGCAAUGCACGAUAAUGGUGGAAUCAAAGUCGUUUGUAAGCUGUCCUAUUCAAAUAAUCAAGACAUCGCGGGAAAAUGUAUCCAUAUUCUUUGUACGCUUACGAAGCAUCCCACAAUUCGAGUUUCAGUUGGUACACAGGGUGGUAUUGACGCCUUCCUUCACCAAGUGAAAUGGUACACACCAUUACUUCUUUACUCUGUCGAAGGCGUUUGUAUGUGUUGUCGUGAAGCUGUAAAUCGUAGCGAGUUGCGACAUCGUGGUGGUCUUGAAAUUCUUUUGAAAAUCUUACGUUUACCACAAUUUUCUAAAGUUCAUAAUGAUAUCCUCGGUGCAUACACAUGCUUUACCUACGAUGAUCUGGCUUUAAAAUAUUUGCUUAGCCGUGGUUUUGUCUCAACUCUCGUGUAUCUUCUUCAAGGGCUUCUUUUUCCUGAUGAUGCAUCUUCUAUGUGCAAAAAAAUUACGGAUAGGAAUCCUUCUGAACCAAGUGAGCAGACGGUGGCCAGCGAAUCAACAGCGGAUGCCGCAUCAUUGCCGAUAGCUGCAGCAUCGAAGAACUUAACGGAAGCAGAUUUUGAGCAACCAAACGUGACCUUGUCCAAGUCGACAUCAAGUGUCGAACAGAAGUAUCCCGUGAGAUCGCUUAAAUCACUGCAACUUAGCCCUGAACUUUGUACAUCUCUCAUGUCAUCAUGCAGUCCUGAUUCCGGUCUAUCAGCGAGUCCUUUGUUGUAUUCACCAUCGGGAUCUGAAGAUGAUAUGGAUGAUGCUGCUCGUGAUGUUGCAAAGACACCAAAUGCAAGCAUCCUAACUUCAUUAAUGGAGGAAUUGGGGACGACGCACUCUUCGAAGUUCCAGAACACCAGCAGGAACCUGAUAGAUGCAUUUCCAGGUGACACAGUUAGUAAGAUGCCUAAAACAAGCUUGAACGAUCAUGAUAGUUUAUUUUUACCUGAAGAGAAUCUUUUUUCUGCUGACCAACCUUCUCCUGUUGCAACUUUCAAACUCCUCUUUCGCAAGGUAAAGGAUGGAAGACAUGUUCCGAAACUUCGCACUCAAAUGGGGACAAGCGUUGUGAAAUGGAAGCCAAAAUGUGUUCAAACUCUGUUGGAUUACCUGUGCUACAGCUCGAAUCCCGAUUCCAGAUGCGUGCGAUUGCUCAACAGUCUUGCGUGGGAUCGAAAUUUGUUCGAAACCCUCAUUAUCAUAAUGUUUCCAGGAGCUGUUUACCAACAAUUGCUGCGAGGCCACCGGCCCGGAUUUCUUCUUAAGAUAGAGUUGACAAGUCGAUCUUUUCAUCGAAGCUCAUCGAGGCACAUUGACAGUAGCUCUUCCUUGCAUUUGUCUGACGUUCAUGAACAGUCUGAUGAUCUUUUCAUGGCUCCUGUUUAUGGCUCGUCUAAGAUCACGGGAUCAAAAACGCUGAAUUUCGAGCAUGACCUGCAAGCAAGUUCUAAGUAUGAUACAAAUUUGGAGUUUUUUGUUCGGCAUGCUUCUGCUGAAAAGGCAGCUCGUGUUGAUGAAUCAGUAGGUGCGAAAUGGAGCGAGAAGACUGCUGCCAACUGUGCAAUUAGUUCUUCUUCUUCAGGCAAUAGGACACUCAUUGAUCUGUCCGAGAAUGAUCCAGUACCGGAGAACAGGUGUCCGUGGUCAUUGCGUGUUGGUGAAUCACUUAUUUCCGUUCUUACAAUGCAAGCGGGCACCUCGUUUGGCCAAGGUAUUCUUGCCCAUCUGUUACUCCGAGGUUCUCGAAAGCACGUGGAGGCUUGCGCUCUCUCAUUGCCUUUGAUUUGCAAGUCAAUAACCAAGAAACAGAAAUUCCUCGUAGACUAUAAAGGCAUCGCGAUCAUCGUUUCUGUUCUGCAAAACGCAGUGGAGAAGGCAGACAUCGUUCGUGCUUUGAACUCUCUUACGUAUCUCGUCGUAAAUUCCAAAGUUGAAGUUGCUAUUGCGGAUGUGAUUGAGGUCAGACGACAAGUUUCUGAUGGUGGAACUUCUGGAAUGAAAGAAUCUUGUAGCGCUGAAGCAACCGUUAGGCGGAGGAUUCACGAUACAUCGCGUGUUGCCGAGUUUGCACUUGGAGAUCAGAUCGUCAAAUCUAGCGCACAAGAUGUGCGAGAAGCGAGUAAUGAAGCCUGUAAGUCAGAAAAAGAGUUAAAGUCCGAGAUAAAGGAUAAUGCUUGUACUUCAAGUUUCGGCCUAUCCAAAAGACCGCUUGAUUUAGCAGACAGUACGGAGUGCAAGAGAACCAAAAUGGAUUGUGAAAUAAGUGUACCAGGCAACUCAUUCGAUAGAGAUGUUGAUGUAUUUGCCACCUUCUGUUUCAACAUCUUUCUCUCAAGGUCUCAAUCGACUUCUCCGUACAUAUCACAUGCACUAGCAAAAAAUUCUAACGUAAGCUGUUAUUAUAAAGCAAAGCAUUCUGUACCAUUUGAUGUUUCACUGAAAACCGAGUCUGACGAGUGUUUACCUGCUCAUCGCUGUGUCUUAAGAGAUCUUUCUGAAGUGUUUGCGGCUAUGUUAUCUCAUGGAUUUAAAGAAGGCUCGCAGUCAGAGAUUCCACAAGAUAUUACUCAUAGUGUGAUUCUUUUCAUGGUUCAUUAUGCCUAUGGUUGUGGUUGUAAAAUUCCAUCUUCAAGUAACGAAGACAAUGUUUGCUUGUAUUGUCUUUAUUUUUUGAAUUUACUACCAGGGCAUGGAGACGAGGGAGACUCCGGUGGUGUUUUGUGCUUUGAUUUGCUCUUGGAGUUGCUGCAAUGCGCAGAUCGGUUUCUUAUACAACCCCUCAAAGAUCAGUGUGAAUUGCUUUUGAUGAAAAGCCUAACGAGCGCUCGUUAUGUGGACGCAUAUUCGGCUGCGGUUCUUUACAAUGCGCCUCGUUUGCGUGCUCACGCGUUGCGAUGUGUUUUUACCAACGAUAAUGACAUGAAUUGUGUGUAUAGAAGCGUUAUGAGACUUUUGGACGCUCAAUUGAAGGAUAGUGUCUUAAAAGAUCUUGAGUGUUUUGCUUUAGAUCGUGUCGAUAACAUUGAUCGUGUAUAGCGUGUUGAGAUGUCCUGGUAAAGUCAUGUAUGUUUUUUUAUAAAUGAAACAUGAAAUUUUAAGGCAUUUA